AUGACAUUACUGUUACUAUUUCUUGUGAUAACUGUUUCUGCGCCUUCAUUCACGGCGGCAUGUCCCUCUUACUCCUCCAUCUUCAGCUUCGGUGAUUCCUUAGCGGACACCGGUAAUCUGUUUUUUAGCUCCUCCGAACCUUCCAAUCACUGCUUCUUUUCUCCCUACGGCCAAACCUAUUUUCAUCAUCCAUCCCGUCGGUGCUCCGAUGGACGCCUCAUCAUCGAUUUCAUCGCCGAGUCAUUGGGGAUUCCGAUGGUGAAACCGUAUUUGGGAAUUAAAAAUGGUGUAUUGGAAGAUAGUGCGGCAAAGGAAGGAGCGAAUUUUGCGGUUAUAGGAGCAACGGCGUUAGACGUUAGUUUCUUUGAAGAGAGGGAUGUUCAUAACGUUGCUACAAAUUAUUCAUUAACGGUUCAGAUGAAUUGGUUCAAGGAACUUCUUUCUGCUCUCUGCAAUUCUACAGAAAGUAAGUUCUCUAUUGUUUUUGAUCAUUUCUCAAAAAUGAUUCUUCAUAUAAUAUGCUUUUACCAGAUUUCAACGUAUAUGAGUGAAACUUUGACUUGA